CCCGAAGGCGGUCCGUCGGAGGGUUACCUGUGUCUCCGAUGAUGAUGUACUUGAAGAGAUAAGCAAAUCUUCGCUGGAUCGGCUGUACCGGACGCCGCCUCUAGGGCCACCCCGUGCUCUUCUACAUGCCAUUAUCCCACCAAGCUCCAGGGGGCGACAGCGACCCUUCGGGCAGCUGGGAUCGCGACUGGUUGCGUCCCUGACUCGGUCCAAUCAUCGGCGAGCGACGCUUUCUCCUUGAGGAAGUGACGCGCUCGGAACCUAGUGGGGGCGGUGGGAGCGAUGCGGACGCGGAGACGCUGAGUCGCUGGUAGUGGUGCUGUGAAGAUGGAGUUUCCCGGAGGAAAUGACAAUUACCUGACGAUCACUGGGCCCUCGCACCCUUUCCUGUCAGGGGCCGAGACAUUCCAUACACCAAGCUUGGGCGAUGAGGAAUUUGAAAUUCCACCUAUCUCCUUGGACUCUGAUCCCUCGCUGGCUGUCUCAGAUGUGGUUGGCCACUUUGAUGACCUGGCAGACCCCUCCUCUUCACAGGAUGGCAGCUUUUCAGCUCAAUACGGGGUCCAGACAUUGGACAUGCCUGUGGGCAUGACCCAUGGCUUGAUGGAGCAGGGCGGAGGGCUCCUGAGUGGGGGCUUGACUAUGGACCUGGACCAUUCUAUAGGAACUCAGUAUAGUGCCAACCCACCUGUUACAAUUGAUGUACCAAUGACAGACAUGACUUCUGGCUUAAUGGGACACAGCCAGUUGACCACUAUUGAUCAGUCAGAACUGAGUUCUCAACUUGGUUUGAGUUUAGGAGGUGGCACCAUCUUGCCACCUGCCCAGUCACCUGAGGAUCGUCUUUCAACUACUCCUUCACCUACCAAUUCACUUCAUGAGGAUGGUGUUGAUGAUUUCCGGAGGCAACUUCCCGCCCAGAAGACAGUGGUAGUGGAAACAGGGAAAAAGCAAAAAGCUCCCAAGAAGAGAAAAAAGAAAGACCCAAAUGAACCUCAGAAGCCAGUCUCUGCGUAUGCAUUGUUCUUUCGAGAUACGCAGGCUGCCAUCAAGGGACAAAACCCGAACGCAACCUUUGGGGAGGUCUCGAAGAUUGUGGCUUCCAUGUGGGACAGCCUUGGAGAAGAACAGAAGCAGGUGUACAAGCGGAAGACUGAGGCUGCCAAGAAAGAGUAUCUCAAGGCACUAGCUGCUUAUAAAGACAACCAGGAAUGCCAGGCUACUGUGGAAACAGUGGAAUUAGAUCCUGUGCCACAGUCACAGACUCCUUCCCCACCUCCUGUGACUACUGCUGACCCAGCAUCUCCAGCACCAGCCUCAACGGAGUCUCCUGCUUUGCCCCCUUGCAUCAUAGUGAAUUCCACGCUUUCAUCUUACGUGGCAAACCAGGCGUCUUCUGGGCCUGGAGGUCAGCCCAAUAUUACCAAGUUGAUUAUUACCAAACAGAUGUUGCCUUCUUCUAUCACCAUGUCCCAAGGAGGAAUGGUUACUGUUAUCCCAGCCACAGUGGUUACCUCCCGUGGGCUCCAGGUAGGCCAAACAAGUACAGCUACUAUUCAGCCAAGCCAGCAGGCCCAGAUUGUCACCCGGUCAGUGUUGCAGGCAGCAGCAGCUGCUGCUGCUUCCAUGCAACUGCCUCCACCCCGACUACAGCCUCCUCCGUUGCAACAGAUGCCUCAGCCCCCAACUCAACAGCAAGUCACCAUUCUACAGCAACCCCCUCCACUUCAGGCCAUGCAGCAACCUCCACCUCAGAAAGUUAGAAUCAACUUACAGCAGCAGCCACCUCCUCUGCAGAGCAAGAUUGUGCCUCCACCCACUCUGAAAAUACAGACUACUGUGGUCCCUCCAACUGUAGAAAGCAGUCCUGAGCAGCCUAUGAACAGCAGCCCCGAGGCCCACACAGUAGAGGCCACCUCUCCUGAGACAAUCUGUGAAAUGAUCGCAGAUGUAGUUCCUGAGGUGGAGUCUCCUUCUCAGAUGCAUGUUGAAUUGGUGAGUGGCUCCCCUGUGACACUGUCACCUCAGCCUCGAUGUGUGAGGUCUGGUUGUGAGAACCCUCCUGUUAUCAGUAAGGACUGGGACAACGAGUACUGCAGCAAUGAGUGUGUGGUGAAGCACUGCAGGGAUGUAUUCUUGGCCUGGGUGGCCUCUAGAAAUCCAAACUCUGUGGUGUUUGUGAAGUAGCCUUCGUCUUCUCCAAGCCUUGAAGAGUCAUUUGCUGAACACGAGGCCAAAAGCCUGUUUUUUGUUUUGUUUUGUUGGUUUUUCGAGACAGGGUUUCUCUAUGUAGCCCUGGCUGUCCUGGAACUCAUUUUGUAGACCAGGCUGGCCUGGAACUCAGAAAUCCACCUGCUCUGCCUCCCAAGUGCUGGGAUUAAAGGCGUGCGCCACCACCGCCCAGCCAAAAGCCUGUUUUUUAAACACAAGCUGGGCUUCUGUAGUGCCUGACCUUUACCCAUAGUCCUUCAUGCCUCCAUCUCCCUUCUUUCUUCAGCAGAGGCCAGACUAUGUAGCAAAUUCACUGUAAUUUAGAAUUGCUUUUUACUCUCAACUGUAAGCAAAAUUACCAGCUUACUAAGCAAGCACAGGGAGGGUGCUGGGAGCAAAUCACAGGGGUCAUUAGAAGAAACAUACCAGUAAAACUGUCAGACCACUUGCCUAGAAUGUCACUGGGAGAGUGCUUCGCUUUGUUCUCGGCAGAAAAAUCUCUGGGAGAAGAGAGGCUUAGGGCUUCAGCUCAGUGGUAAAGUGCACUGGGUUUAAAUCCCAAGUGAAGGAGGAAUGAAAAUACUGAUUUAAAAUAAAAUGUGUGAUAACCCUUUAAAAGGGAACUAUUAUUAAUAUACACAGUGCUAUUAGGAGGAAGGUUUGAAGGCCUGGGGUUAUGGCUUAGCAAUAAGCUCUGAGUUCAGACCCCAGGCUGGAAGAUCAGGAGUUCAAGGUCAUCCUUGGCCCACUAGUGAGUUUGAGAAGAACAGUCUAAGAUGCAUGAGGUAAAUGUUUUACAGAACAUGGUGGCCCGUGCCUUUAAUCCUAAUACUUUGGAAGUAGACGCAGGAAGAUUUUUGAGUAAAGCCAAUCUGAACUUACAUCAGACUUUGUCUCAAAAAACAGACUGGGUGUGGUGGCACUCCCCUUUAAUCCUAGAACUUGGGAGGCAAGAGGCAGGUUGGAUCUCUGAGCUUGAAGUUAGCUAGGGUUACCUAGUGAGAUCCCAUCUUAAGGUUCCCCUCCCUGCCCCUGACAAAAACACACACAUUCUGUUUGUCUCAGUCUUAGCACACUGGGCUAGAGGGGAAACGACAUCAUCAUCCAGAAGUAUCUUUUUCUCUACAAGUAUUUCUUUACCUGACUUCUUGGUUCCCAGUGUUGCAUGUAAGAAGCAGAACUCAAUACCCCUAAUAAGAGGUUUUACAAAGUAAAGAAUCUGUGUUUGAUGAAA